UUGCAGAGAUCGUGAACUACGAAUUCGACACCAAGGACCUGGUGUGUCUGGCCAUGAGCAGCGUCGUGGGCGUCUGGUACCUGCUGAGGAAGCACUGGAUCGCCAACAACCUCUUUGGCCUGGCCUUCUCUCUCAAUGGGGUGGAGCUGCUGCACCUAAACAACGUCAGCACGGGCUGCAUUCUGCUCGGCGGCCUCUUCAUCUACGACGUUUUCUGGGUCUUCGGCACAAACGUGAUGGUGACGGUUGCCAAGUCAUUCGAGGCGCCCAUAAAACUGGUUUUCCCCCAAGAUCUGUUGGAGAAGGGCUUGGAGGCCGAUAACUUUGCCAUGCUGGGCCUAGGAGACAUAGUCAUUCCAGGAAUCUUCAUUGCCUUGCUCCUGCGGUUUGAUAUCAGCCUGAAGAAGAACACGCACACAUAUUUCUACACCAGCUUUGUGGCUUACAUUUUCGGGCUGGGGCUCACGAUCUUCAUCAUGCACGUCUUCAAGCACGCCCAGCCGGCUCUCCUGUACCUGGUCCCCGCCUGCAUCGGCUUCCCGCUCCUGGUGGCCCUGGCAAAGGGAGAAGUGGCAGAGAUGUUCAGCUACGAAUCUUCCGCCGAAAUCUUGCCCCACACCCCGCGGCUCACCCACUUCCCUAACGUCUCCGGGUCUCCGGCCAGCCUGGCUGAUUCCAUGCAGCAGACGCUGCCCUGUGCCCACAGACGUCGGCAGCAAACGCCGAGCGCCAUGUAGCCCCGGGGCCGGGCCACGCCCUGCCUGCCUGCCUGUCUCUCUGUGUCUCUCUGCCCAGCUACGAGGAGCACGCCACCCCCAAGGAGAUGCCAGAGGAUGCCAAAGAAGGGAAGACGGAGCUGGAGAAAAAGGAAAAGUGACCUGAAGGCGGCUCAGCCGGGCUGGGCUUUUGUCUGCUCCCCCCCCC